AUGUCUGCCAUUGAGAUGGCCACAGCCACCAAGUUUCCUUACCACAAACUGAAAAAUGAAGGUUUCUUGGAUGACUAUGAAGAAAGGCAGAGAUUCAGUAUUGUCAAAUCAAGAAACUGGUACAAGUUCAGGAGGGUGCAUAUAAGAAAGAGAUUUAGGCUUAAGGUUCCAAGCUUGAGGAUAUUCUUGAGGAGGAAAGUUAAACUUGUCUCUGCUGUUAGACUCUCAUGUGCUAAAGUGCUGAAGAGAUUGAAGGAAGGUCAGGCUCAUUUUGGUGAUCUUUUUGCAGGGAACUAUCUGUUCAUGCAGGUCAAUCCUACUCCUUUGAAGUACUUUGAGAAAUCUUAUUAUAAUACCUCUGGCCUUGACCUUAAUAGCUUUCCUCCGGGCUAUUCUCUUCCUCGUUGA